AUGAAAAUCAUUGAUUUUAACUCAUUCACGAAUACAUAUAAUUCAUUCAUUAAUGUUUCAUAUGCUUCUAAAGAAGGUGAGCCAAAAACUAUCGAUAAAGCGGUGUAUGAAAUAAAAGCAUCAACGACGAAAUUGAAUUCGUUAACUUUUGACGGUGAUAGUUUCGUUAAUGACAUAACAUCGGGGAAAACAAUUUUAACGAAAGAAUACUUAAAAUCUCAUGUUCGUGAGUUCGUUGAAAUUGAAAAAGAAGGUGGAAUUAAGUUCGAUCCACUGAAUUUCAUUUUCAGCUUAGCGAAUGCGGGUAUUAAUUUUGCUGAAUGGACAACUAUACAGAGUGAAAUAAAUGCAAUAUGGACGUUUUUGGGGUCAAAAGCGGGAAUGAGUGAGCUUGUAAAUGCUGCAAGAACAUUAGGUGAAACAGGAAAUUUUGUAGAUGGUUUUAAAAGACUUGUUUCAAAUGUUUUAACAAACACAAAGAAAUUAUUUAGAUAUACCGUACAUAACGGACGGAUUUUCGAACAGAUAGCAACAAACCCUCCGGUUAUGGCUGCGUUGAUGAUGGUUAGAGAUAUAAAACCACGUAACGACGGGAACGAAGAACAUGAACAACAGGAUACUGGUCGGGUUAUUCGAGACAUUAAAAACGUGUAUCCUGAAGUUAUUGAUUUAUUUAGAGAAGUUAAUGAUUCAAUUUCAAAACAUUCUAUAACCAUCGAUGAAGAGAAUAAAUUAACAGAUUUUAUAUUCGUCAUUAUUGCAGAAUUAAUGAAGAGAAUAAAUGAAAAAGGAAUUGGUGAUAUCAUUAAUGUCAGCGAUGUAAUGAUGAAAAGAAAUUUUGACUCAUUAUUUACAGAACCGAAAACAGAAUAUA